GUAGAUACUGAUUACUGUGUAGUUUAGCUUAACUAUCAAAUAGUGAUUUAGUAAAUAAAUAUGGAAAUUACUCUUCACUUAUCAUGUUAAUAUUAAAAAUUAGUUAAAAUUAUUGUGUGUAUGAGCUUACCUAUUUAUUAUAUAUUUUAAUAGUAGAGAAGUUUGAUACCUUGUCAACUAAUAUUGUUUUAAACAUUUCUAACUAAAACAGAUCUUUGAAAUAAUAUAUCUUUCAAUAUGCUAUCGUCUCUUGUAAAAGAACACCAAGCUAAACAAGCUGCGAAAAGGACAACUCAAGAACAAAAAAGAAAGGAAUGUAUAUCUGCUGCCAAUGAUUUAACUCAGGCCCUUGUAGAUCACCUAAAUGUUGGAGUGGCACAAGCAUAUCUCAAUCAAAAGAAACUUGAUGCGGAGGCAAAGUUGUUACAUCAAGGGGCUAUAAAUUUUUCAAAACAAACUCAGCAGUGGUUAGCUCUUGUAGAAAAUUUCAGCAGUGCUUUAAAAGAAAUUGGUGAUGUUGAAAAUUGGGCAAGAAGCAUAGAAAAUGAUAUGAAGAUUAUUACUAACACCCUUGAGAGGGCUUAUGAGACAACAAGAGAUCAACCUGGUAGUAAUUAAGAAAUCACCUGUAUUGUAUAUUUUAAAUAUGUUUUUAUAUUAUAAAUUAUAUAAAAAAGCAUAGCUAUAUAGCAUAUAAGAUAUACUUUAACUAGGUGUAUUUAUAAAAUCUAUACUUGUUCUUAAAGUUCAAGUUAAACAUAUUAUAAAUUAACUAGAUUUAAAUGAAACAAAUACAUAUACUUAAAUAAAACAUUUAAGUUUGUUUUGAGCUGAAGUGUUUAUUGUGGGGCUAAGAAUUAUUUUCUACAAAACUACCAAUAUCUUUCAACAGUAUUUUGUUCGUCGUCAGGUGACCAUUUCUAUACAAAGUCACUGUCAAACAAACAUGCACAGUGAAUUUGUCUCGUUAGGUCUGUCAGUUGUCAAAUAUCAACUAUUAUUUAUUAACAAAAACAGGGCUGCUAGUUCUAGAGUUUGGAAAAUCCGGAUUGUAUAAUUAUUGUCACUAAAUCUUUCAGCCUUCUUUAAACAUUCGUCUUAAUUAAAAUGAUCACAAUCCAUUUUAAUUAGGAUCUUUAAAAAAAGUAGUGUGUCGUCGUUUAAACGUGUUCUACUGUAUAACAAAACCAGACGUAAAAAGUGCUUUAACAAGCGCUGUGCUGUGGAAGGUCAGGCAACGAGAUGGAGGGGAUGGAAUUUUGCGUUCUGCCUCGACGUCCAAUGAUGGAAUUCAGCCGCAGUUAUUAGUCCAAACAAUUCUUUAGAGCGGAGCAAAGAAUUCAAUUAAUGCGGUAGAAGAUGCUGAGGGAAGCAACAUGUCUUCGCAAAGCUAAAAGAUCAAGCCGCUUGGAGAAGGAUUGGUCGUCGAAGAUUCGAAACGCUCUUCGUUGAAUACGGUUAAGUGGAAGGAGCUAGGGAGCCCUGCCCAGAGGUGAGAACAGUACUCCAUGUCUGGCCGAAUUUAAGUUUUAUACAGUUGCACGGAGUGAAGUAGCGUCUUGCUUCGUUGAGCACACCAAGCUUUUUGCAGGCUAUUUUAGCUUUUCUCUCCAAAUGACCGCGAAACUAAACGUUCGAUAAGUCAACGCCAGGUAUUCCGAUGCUAGCUGUGGCUUUAAGAAAAGUGUCUUUGAAAAGAGGAGUAGCGAUAAAAGGUGUGGUUUUAGCGGAAAACGCGCACGCUUGUGUUUUGGCGCAUGACCCUGACUCGCAUACUCCCGCUUGCGGCAUAAAAGAUAUUCCAAUUUGAACACCGGAUAAGAGGGGUAGGAAGUAUCAGCCGGGGAGAAAAUUGAGUCCAGUGAGUGUAGAAGGAGUUGCCUUCGGUAAAUUCUUCCGUUUGCCGAGUUGUUCCGAUUAAUACCUGCGGCUGAAUUUCAUCAUCGGACGUCGAGGCAGAAUACGAAAAUCUACCCGUAUCACCUCGAUGUCCGCCGUUCCAAAACUGGGGGUUUUCAAGGCAGUGAAGUAUUUCCGAACCAAUUCGACUUAGGGACCUUCAAGAGGGAAGAGAUUCUUAAAUUGCCGGAAACGUGACCCCUCUGGCAUUGAGAGUGUCCAUGGGUGGGUCCACUUAACAUCAGAUGA